UCCAAGCGCAGGCGAGGGCAUUUCUUCAGGGAGGCAUCUGCAGGAGGAGCCUCUGCCUGUUUGGGCACGUGGUGCCAAAGGGUGCAAUUCUCCAGCAGGGUCUCCCAGCUGGAAACGAAUGGACCAGGGAGGAGAGUCAGGGUGAGGCGGAGCAGCCGCUCCUCUCACUUCGGCGAGCCCAGCUCCAGUGUCUCCAGCAGCGUUCCCGACCGCUCGCCCGCGCCAGCGGGUACCGCCGACGGCCGAAUCCCGGCGGCAAACGGCUUCCGAGGGCUGAUGGAGGGGCAGAGACCAGGCUGCAAAGCUGCAGCUGCCGUCCUAGCUGGGUCCUUGCUCUCCUCCAUCCUCCGAGCCGCCGGGGUCAGAGCCCUGCGGGGCUCCCCGCCGCUGCCGCUGCCGGAGGAUGCGAUCCCGGAGAACGUCAGCUGGGCUGCUGAGGAAUCCCGGGGCAACGAAUCCUCGGAGCACGCGUUUUUCUCUCUGGAUUACCAGCACGUCCAAGUCCCCUUCGAAAUCACGCUCUGGAUCAUGCUUGCCUCCUUGGCCAAAAUAGGGUUUCACCUAUAUAACAAGCUCCCUUCUGUCGUUCCCGAAAGCUGUUUAUUGAUAUUUGUAGGACUCAUCAUGGGGGGCAUCAUCUAUGGCUUAAACGACAAGUCACCGCCUGUUAUGGACAGCGACAUCUUUUUCCUCUACCUCCUGCCACCCAUCGUCCUUGACGCAGGUUACUUCAUGCCCAGCCGUCCCUUUUUUGAGAACAUGGGCACUAUCCUCCUCUACGCGGUCGUGGGGACGAUAUGGAACGUGUUUGGGAUCGGUUUUUCCCUGUACGGGAUCUGCCAGGUGAAAGCCUUUCGCCUGCAGGACGUGUCGUUGCUCCACAACCUCCUGUUCGGCAGCCUGAUCGCCGCCGUGGAUCCCGUGGCGGUGUUAGCGGUCUUCGAAGAGAUCCACGUCAACGAAAAGCUCCACAUUUUGGUCUUCGGCGAAUCGCUCCUGAACGACGCGGUGACGGUGGUGCUCUACAAGCUAUUUCGUUCUUUCUGUGAAAUGCCAACCAUCAAAAGCGUGGAUGUUUUUGCUGGAGUCGGAAAAUUCUUUGUGGUUGGGCUAGGAGGAGUAUUAGUAGGUCUUACUUUUGGGAUGACUGCCGCCUUUACCACGCGAUUCACCAAGGAUAUUCGCGUCAUCGAACCGCUCUUUGUCUUCCUGUACAGCUAUCUUUCCUACCUCACCGCCGAAAUGUUUCACCUUUCGGGGAUUGUGGCCAUCAUUGCUUGUGCCAUGGGCAUGAAACGUUACGUGGAGGCCAACAUCUCUCUGAAGUCUCACACCACAGUCAAAUACUUCAUGAAGAUGUGGAGCAGUGUUAGCGAUACCCUCAUCUUCAUCUUUCUUGGAGUUUCCACCAUUGGAGAAAAUCAUGAGUGGAACUGGCCAUACAUUUGCUUCACUGUCAUUUUCUGUCUCAUUUGGAGAGCACUAGGGGUUCUCGUGCUGACUUUCUUUGUGAAUAGAUUUCACGUGAACACCAUCACCAGCAAAGACCAAUUCAUUAUAGCGUAUGGGGGUCUCCGAGGGGCCAUUUGUUUCUCUUUGGUGUUCUUGCUUCCUGACUUUCACAGAAAGAAGCUCUUCAUUGCAGCAACAACUGUUGUCAUCCUCUUCACCGUGUUCGUACAGGGAAUGACCAUCCGUCCUCUCGUUGACUUGUUGGCUGUCAAGAGGGAAAGGGAGAGUGCUCCCACAGUGGGAGAGCAGAUCCAUAUUCGGUUCUUGGAUCAUUUGCUGGCUGGCAUUGAAGAUAUAUCUGGACACUGGGGACAGUAUUACUGGAAAGACAAAUUAGAAUAUUUCAACAGCAAAUACCUGCAGAAGAUCCUGCUUCGAGAAUACGACCAGCCAAAAUCAAGUAUCGUGCUUCUCUAUGAAAAGCUGGAGCGGAAACACGCCAUUGAGCUGGCAGAAGCAGGGCAGCUGGGUCAUGCUCCGUCUCAUCCAUCCUUGCUCAACAACGACAGGACUGUCAAAAUAGACAAAAAAUUGGAGGAUGCUCUGAAUCCGGAUGUCCUGGAAAAUAUACAGGAAAUAUUGGCAAGGAACCUGUACCGAAUAAGGAGAACGGGGCCGGCGUACAACAGGCACACGCUUCCCGGCGAGACCGAGCCCGUGGAGCACGCCAAGGAGAUCCUGAUCCUCCGGCACAAGAGCCUGCGGGUGGAAGUGAGCGGAGGCGGCACGGCCAGCUCCAGGAAGGAGAAGGAUGACUCCUACUCGGCGCAGGGCGUCUCUGGCCCGCAGCCCAAGCUGUGCCGUUCCUUCACCGUGAGGAAUGCAGAAAAGGUUCGGGAAGUGGAACGGAACAGGUCGAAGUCGGUGUGUGUCAUCCCACCGCCGCAGCCCAGCGGUGCGGCCUGGGGUGAGAAGAAAGACAUGGAGAAAGAGCUGACUUUGGAGAUGUAAAAGCACAAGUGAUGCUGCUGGCUUCCCAUCAGGGAUAUGACUCUGUUGCAUGGAUGGGUACUAUACAUGUAGAUAAUGUAUAUAAGAUGCAUACUGGAAAGGACAGCAUGGACAGGGUAAAAUAUUCUGAGUGGUUUGCAUCGAAGUAUGUGCUCUUAUUGCACAAUGCUGUUUUUUAAUGGGAACCAAGGGAAAAGAUGCACAGCGGAGCACCUGCAAUGCAAGGUAAUAUCUGAGAGAGAAUUUCUAAGAAAUGUCUAGGAAAAAUUUGUUCACUCUGAGAAAAUUGCUGAAACUCUCUACAACUGCAAGAAAGGAUGUUUUAAUAAGGUGAGAUAUUAGAUCUUCUCAUUAAUCAGCAGGGAUAGACUAAACAGCAGGGAACAUUUAGAUUAUAUAUUAGGAAAAACUUUAUAAUCUCAAAAAAGGGUUUUAUUAGGCGAUGGAACAUGCCACCAGGAAAGACAGCAGAAACAGCGAAAGAUCUCUUCUGCUCCUGAGGAACUGAUGGGUCCUGACGAUGAACGUUAGUCAUGUGAAGUCCCAAGUUAAAUCAUAUAGUUAAAUAAGGUGUUGUGUCUUACCAGAGGGUCUGUCCCACACCUAGACACAGUUCUUCUAAUGAAAACUUAUUACAGCUGUGUUAAAAGGGGAAAAUACAUUCUCACUGAUUUUUUUAAAAUUUUUUUAAGGAAUGGUUCACCUCAAAAAAUAAAACAGGGACGCUCCAAACCCAGUGGCGAUACCAGAUGAGCGUGCCAGCCCUUAAAUAGAUGGGCAAGCCUUGUGCUGUGGCUGGUUGUUUGCAGCAAGCCUGCAAAGAUUCUCUAAGCUGAUCUCCGCUGCCGUAGCCGAGAGCUGCAGGGUCAGGGGAGGUUUGAACGCGUCGCCUUAGAAGACGUGGCAGGGAGAGGGACCCAAAACCUUGCUGCUGUGGAGCGCUUCUGCCAGGAAAGGUGUGAUCCCCUUUGCAGAGCAGGUGCAGGGAAACUCCAGGGAUAGUACCUGAGGAAGACAGAUAUCUCCACAUUUGGGUAAUUUUCUUUGAAACUCCAGGUGUUCAAGCCUUCAAAUUCUUGUCCUUAGCUGAACUCGAUGGGGUAAGUUUUAGCAUUGCAAACAUCAACAUUUUUCUUUCUCUUCCCCUUCCUCUGCAUUGAAGGAUCCAAGAGUAUUUAAUCUGACCAAGUGGAUCUUUCCAAAAUAAAAAUAAACAAAACUAUAGGAAUUCGCAUACUCCCCUCCAUGAUAUUUUUGGACUUCCAGAGCCAAUCAUCUCCUGUGUCCAGAAAGACUCCGUUAGGAGACCACUGCCUGGUACACUGGGGCUUUCUCUUUAACUUAAAGACACAAAAUUGCAUGUGUUUGCUUUGCAAUGACAUGGAGGUGUCAUUUUCAUUUGAACAAACUCCUUUAUAGUGUCCUGAUAUAAGCUGAUGUAGUCCAUUUUGACUUGAAGGCCACUCUUCACUGCCCCAUCACUGGAAAUUCACCUCACUGCAAAUGAAAAUUGGACCUUUUAGCCUUAUAUGUGUAUUUUGAGUGUGUAUAUACAUAUAUGUACAUCUUUAUUGAUUUUAGUAUAAGUCGAUCGUCGUCAUCAGUUACUUUAUUAAAAUUUUGGUUUGUCUCUUACUUUAACCCAUCUUGCGUGGGAGUCGUGGAUUAGUCUACACUUUGUUUAGAAAACUGCCCAUCUUUGAAUAUGUUGUAAGAUACAACAUACGUGAAUAUGUUGUAAUGUACUACGUUUCUCUUUCAAUUAAAUAUGCUGUGUUAUGA